UGACCUCCCGGCUCCGCCCGCGCCUCGCGGUUCCCCGCCUGCCCUCCGCACGCAGGCGCGGGUGGCGGCUGCGAGGUGGCGGGCUACGCGGGCGGGCUGCGGGCGAGAUGGGGCUCAGCCGCGUGCGGGCCGUUUUCUUCGACCUGGACAACACGCUCAUCGACACGGCCGGGGCGAGCAGGAGAGGCAUGCUGGAGGUGAUAAAGCUCUUACAGUCAAAAUAUCAUUAUAAAGAAGAGGCUGAAAUCAUCUGUGAUAAAGUUCAAGUUAAACUCAGCAAGGAGUGUUUUCAUCCUUACAGCAUGUGCAUUACUGAUCUGAGGACUGCACACUGGGAAGAAGCAAUCCAGGAAACAAAAGGUGGUGCAGCCAACAGGAAACUGGCUGAAGAGUGUUACUUGCUGUGGAAAUCUACACGCCUGCAGCACAUGACACUGGCAGAGGAUGUCAGAGCUAUGCUCACUGAACUCCGGAAGGAGGUCCGCCUGCUGCUCCUGACAAAUGGGGACAGACAGACCCAGAGGGAGAAGAUCGAAGCUUGUGCCUGUCAGUCCUAUUUCGACGCGGUUGUCAUAGGUGGAGAGCAGAGAGAGGAGAAGCCAGCACCGUCCAUAUUUUACUACUGCUGCAGCCUCCUUGGAGUACAGCCUGGGGACUGCGUGAUGGUUGGUGACACUUUAGAAACCGAUAUACAAGGAGGCCUCAAUGCAGGGCUCAAAGCAACGGUCUGGAUCAACAAAAAUGGAAUAGUGCCACUGAAGUCCUCCCCUGUUCCACAUUACAUAGUUUCUUCUGUGCUAGAGUUACCUGCCCUUUUACAAAGUAUAGACCGCAAAGUCAGUAUAUCUGCUUAAAUCACGUGGAAGGGCCUAAUUACAAAUGUUAGCGUCGACUUGCAGAGUUUGAACUAAGAAAGGUUAGGGCAUUCCACUUACUAUGGUCCAAUUUUAAGAAUAAUUUUACCUAUGCCAGUAUUCGGAAGGUCCUCCCGACACUGUGGCUUUUGCGUAUUGAUAGCCAACCAUUGACUGGUAUUUAUAUCUGAAAAUUCAGAUUCCACAAUACAAGUCAGUAACAUAGCCCAGAAAACUUGAAGAAAUAUCGUUAGUCUGUGACUAGAGAUUUUUAAAAAUUCUUUCACUGACCUUUUAGUAUCUUGGCUUGGUCAUACCAAGCAGGAUAGCUUACAUGUGGAUGCACAAAUAUUAAGUUUUGUGUUCUGAUUGAAAAAUAGCUAUUUUUUAAAAAAAUAGAUAUUCUAAAAUAUAAGAGAUCUCUCAGAGCAAUCGGAUCUAGUUAAUGUGAAAUAAGUACUAAGUCAUGCAGAUCAGAGCAUUUCAUAGUAAAAAUAUUUUGCAUGUUUUCUUUUUUAAACUAUAUUUUUGCCGAUUUUGGAUGUUUACUUCCUUUUCUAUUAGGAAUCUGAUUUUUCUGCAUGACCUUUUUUGGGGGUGGGGCAGUUUUUUCUGUGGUGUAGACAUGACAGAUAGUCUUCCAGUAAAGCUGCUAAAACCAGCCCAUGGUGCUCCUUCACCGUGACAUAUCGUGCCUUCCCAGAGUGAGCAUGCGGCUGGAGCCCCUUGCAGCCUCCUCCUUAUGGAAAUACUCUCCCUGCCUUCUCUCAGGCACAAAUGAGGUUGAGGGAACUCGACUGUCUUGCUGGGUACAAGUAUGAGCCACAUAGCACCAAAAGUCAUUCUGCUGCUGUGGAUCCGCAGGAGGACGGUUGCCUCAGUGUGGCCUGCCCACGCAGCCUGUUCUCUGCUGGCAGAAUAGUCUACCCAUAUGACAGACCUAAUAGAAAAUCAGCUUUUGCUAUAAGCCAUUUCCAGGGUGCCAUUUUAGUACUUGAGUAACUCUUGUUGGAGUUACCAUCUGCCUUAAAUCUUUUUUGCACGUUUUUAGAAAUAGAUUACUGUUCCACAUAUUUCUGUAUCUGAUUCAGGGUUCACUUGGAGCUUGGUAAGUCUCCAUAGCAAGGCAUCAUCUGGCGACCAGAAAAGCUUCCCUAGACGGUUAGGCUACACAGUCGGAGGAGUGUACUAACCUAACUUGGAAUAAGAUCAUUAAGGGAUAAAGUAGUUAUUAAAGUGGCUAAUAAAGGAAACAUGAUUUGAGGGUUU